AUGUCAUCCCAACCACAAGAAGUAUCUGGUAAUGCUCCAUCUACACAAUCUGUGAGAUCGAAGGCUGAUCCUGCAUGGGAACAUUGUGUUCAAGUAGCUAGCAAAAACUCAAGUGGCAAACCUCGCUUGAGAUGUUUGUAUUGUGCAAAGGAAUUUGGAGGUGGAGGGAUACAUAGAAUGAAACAGCAUCUUGCGGGAAUAAAAGGAGAUAUAAUAAGUUGUAAAAAAGUUCCGGGUGAUGUUCGCUUUCGGUUGGGAGAAAAUUUGAAAGAAAUUGAAGAGAAGAAAGGUAAGAAACAAGAUAUAUAUAAGGAGGACAAUCCCUAUGGUCCUAGUGUCACACCAUUUGAAGGGGAUGCUCCAAAUUUGCAAGAGGUUCCUCCGACACAGAUUCAAACUCCUACUCCAACUUCUUCUCAGCAAAAUAUUCAAACUUCUGCCUUAAGACCAUCUCAAGCUAUGAAAAGAAAGCCAUCUGCACCAAUAGACAAAUUCUUUGCCCCAAGGACAAGUCCAAGUGCACAACCGGGAAUUAGAAGUGCGUUUGCAGGUAAGGAAGCUGUGCAUAGAGCAGACUUAGCUAUGGCUAGGUGGCUCUAUGAUUGUUGUAUUCCAAUUAAUGCUGUUAAUUCUCCUUACUUCCAGCCUAUGAUAGAUGCUAUUGCAGCUAUUGGACCUGGUUAUAAAGGGCCAUCUUAUCAUGCUUUUAGAACCAAAUUACUACAAGAUAUGAAAAAGGAGGUUCAAUUGUUAGUUGAUGAGUGUAGAGGCUUUUGGGCAGAAGCUGGUUGCACAAUAAUGGCUGAUGGUUGGCAAGAUCAAAGAAAUAGGCAAUUGAUUAAUUUUCUUGUUUACUGUCCUAGAGGGAUUGUGUUCAUUAAGUCUGUUGAUGCCUUAGAUAUUGUGAAGGAUGCCCAAACUCUUUGUAACUUAUUCUUGGAAAUGGUUACAUUUGUUGGUGUGGAUAAUGUGGUUCAUUUGGUAACUGAUAAUGCAGCUAAUUAUAAAGCUGCUGGGAGGUUAUUAACUGACAAGCAUCCUUCUAUAUAUUGGUCUCCAUGUGCUGCCCAUUGCUUAAAUUUAAUUUUAGCAGACAUUAGUAGAAUGGCUCUUGUUACUAGUUUGGCAUCAAGAGCUUCAAAGGUUUCAAAAUUCAUUUACAAUCAUGCAUUUUUGCUUGCCUGGCUGAGAAAAAGAGAAGGUUGGAAAGAAAUCAUCCAUCCAGGACCUACACGGUUUGCUACCACAUUUAUUGCAUUAAAAAGUCUUCUUGAUCACAAGCAUGAUUUAAAAGCCCUAGUAACUAGCAAGGCAUUUUUAGAUUCUAGAUACUAUAGAGAUCAGAGAGCCAAAGAUGUUACAUUGAUUAUAUUAGAUAACAAGUUUUGGAAUGAUUGUAAGAUUAUUGUUGAAGUUGUGAAACCACUUGUUCGGUUGUUGAGAAUAGUUGAUUCUGAUGAUAGGCCUUCGCUUGGAUAUAUCUAUGAGGGUAUGUAUAGGGCAAGGAAAGCUAUCAAGAGUACUUUCAUGAACAAAAAAACUUUAUACAAGCCUUAUACAAGAAUUAUUAAGAGAAGGUGGGAUACACAACUUCGUCAAGAUCUUCACACAGCAGCUUAUGUCUUAAAUCCUGCUUUUCUUUAUGACCAGGCUAACUUUUCUCAAAAGCCAGAGGUUAUGAAUGAAUAUCUUACAGUUAUAAAUAGAAAAAUAGCUUCCAAUAAGACCAAGUUCUUGCAAGAAGGCACACAGUACCAAAAUAGAAGUGGUAGCUUUAGUCAUCCUUUGGCCCUUGAAUAUGCAAAAUCAAUGCGACCUGGCUGUGAAAGGAAUUGGAGUGUCUUUGAAAGAAUACACUCUAAGAAAAGGAACAGGUUGGAGCAUAAAGGGCUGAAUGAUCUUGUCUUUGUUCAUUACAAUUUUCGUUUGAGGAAUAGAGUUGUUAACAAGAACAAAACUUUUGAUCCUAUUGAUUAUGAAAGUAUUGAUAAGAUUGAAUACUGGAUAACUGAAGAAGUUGAUUCUCCUCCACUUUCAACAUUUCGUACUGAUGAGAUUGAAGAAGACAUCAUUUAUGAUGAUACAACACUACCAAUGCCAAAAGUUUUCAUCAAUGAAGAAGAUAAUUAUGAAGAGAGAGGCAAUGAGGCUCAAGUUGAGGAUGGAUGCUUUGACAUUAGAGUUGGAGCAGGUGUUGAUUUGGGAUCAUGUUCUCAACAAGACAUUGAUAGUCACAGUGCAGAGGCUGCAGACCCAGAUGCUUUUUUGGAGACUCAUGCUUGGCUUAAUCAAGAUCCUCCAAUAUUUGACAAGUCAUCAAGUCAUUUGUCUUAG